ACAUGGUUACCACAUAAAUAAUGUUAUUGCAUUAUGUGUCUUUUUGAAAAAAUGUCAGAAGAUUUGCCAGCACUAUUUUACUAAAAUCAGAAUGCACUGCAGAAAAACAAUUCCCAACAAUGUUUUAAUAGAUGUCAUGCUAAACCACAUACAGGCUGUGUUUCCCCUUCUUUGAUGGUGUGAUUCCCAAAAACAAAACUGAUGAUUAACUAAUAGAGUUCUUAAAAGAGCAUUUAGGGAUUUGUAUAUAUAUUUCCCAAAACAUGUGAAUCAUGCAAUGUUCUUAUAAUUCAUUACUUGGCCGUUCCCUUUUUCAAUGAUUAACACUCUCUUCCUUUUCUAUUUCACUUUAUGAGCAGCUGACAGUCGCCUGACUGGACAAACGGCAAGUCAUAACUUGUCAGCUAUAUAAGAAUGUCUCUCUAACACAGCCCUGCAUCACCUACAGGUGGAAUUACCUUAAGCUUCACAUCAACUCGACAUAGUGGCAGGUAAGCAACCACAGCAGAAAUAAUAGGAAACAUGCAACAGACAAGCGCACACACUUCCUGUGUGCUGCAGGUGCAUUGAUGCAAAUAAGAAACAGAGACUCAGCGAGAAAGAGCUUGAUGGAGAGAUGAAACAGAGGUUCAAAGAAACCGGGCAGAGAAUGUGUGGGCAGGGCUGAAGUAAAUGAGUUUAACCUCAACCUGCAGGAAAUGAUUGACUUUUUCUGCUUGUGUGUCAGUCAGGAUGAAGCUGUUGCUGGUUGUUGCUGCUGCUCUGGCCGUGGCCAGCUGUGCCUCCAUCUCUCUGGAAGACCUGGAAUUCCAUGCCUGGAAACUCAAGUUUGGAAGGUCCUACAACUCCCCGGUAGAGGAGGCUCAGCGCAGGGAAAUCUGGCUCACCAACCGCAGACUGGUGCUGGUGCACAACAUCAUGGCUGAUCAGGGCAUCAAGUCCUACCGCCUUGGCAUGACCUACUUUGCUGACUUGGAAAAUGUAGAGUACAGACACCUGAUUUCCAAGGGUUGCCUCGGCUCCUUCAACACUUCUCUGCCUCGCACUGGCUCUGCUUUCCUCCGACUGCCUGGAGUAACCGAUCUGCCCAAAAGUGUUGACUGGAGGGAUAAGGGAUAUGUCACUGAUGUCAAGGAUCAGAAGCAGUGUGGCUCCUGCUGGGCCUUUAGCACAACUGGCUCACUGGAGGGUCAGAACUUCAGGAAGACAGGGAAGCUGGUGUCUCUGAGCGAGCAGCAGCUGGUGGACUGCUCCGGUGACUAUGGAAAUUAUGGUUGUGAUGGAGGACUGAUGGACAACGCUUUUAAGUACAUUAAAGCCAACGGAGGGAUAGACACAGAGGAUUCCUACCCUUAUGAGGCUGAGGAUGGACAGUGCCGUUACAACCCUAACAUGGUUGGUGCCAGUUGCACAGGCUACGUUGAUGUGACCCAAGGAGACGAAGAUGCUUUGAAGGAAGCUGUCGCCACCAUCGGACCUGUGUCUGUGGCCAUUGACGCUUCUCAGUCAUCCUUCCAGCUGUAUCACUCAGGAGUGUAUGAUGAGCCAGAUUGUAGCAGCUCAGAGUUGGACCAUGGUGUUCUGGCUGUUGGUUACGGCAGUGGCAAUGGACAGGACUACUGGCUGGUGAAGAACAGCUGGGGCCUAGAAUGGGGAGACAAGGGAUACAUCAGGAUGAGCAGGAACAAACACAACCAGUGUGGCAUCGCUACUGCGUCCAGCUACCCCCUGGUCUUCUGUGUGUCAGUCAGGAUGAAGCUGUUGCUGGUUGCUGCUGCUGCUCUGGCCGUGGCCAGCUGUGCCUCCAUCUCUUCAGAUGACCUGGAGUUCCACGCCUGGAAACUUCAGUUUGAAAAGUCCUACAACACCCCGGUAGAGGAGGCUCAGCGCAGGGAAAUCUGGCUCAACAACCUCAGACUGGUGCUGGAGCACAACAUCAUGUCUGAUCAGGGCAACAAGUCCUACCGCCUUGGCAUGACCAAAUUCGCUGACAUGAACAUGAUGACUCACCAAAGAACAGAUGCAGAGCCCUACAUCACCUACAGGCGGACAGACCUCAAACUUGACAUCAAUUUGAUAGAGGCAGGAAGGUCCUACAACUCCCCGGUAGAGGAGGCUCAGCACAGGGGAAAUCUGGCUCAACAACCGCAGACUGGAUCAGAAGCAAUGUGGCUCAUGCUGGGCCUUCAGCGCAUCAGGAUGAAGCUGUUGUUGGUUGCUGCUGCUGCUCUGGCCGUGGCUAGCUGUGCCUCCAUCUCUUCAGAUGACCUGGAGUUCCACGCCUGGAAAGUCCAGUUUGGAAGGUCCUACAACUCCCCGGUAGAGGAGGCUCAGCGCAUGGAAAUCUGGCUCAACAACCGCAGACUGGUGCAGAAGCACAACAUCAUGGCUGAUCAGGGCAUCAAGUCCUACCGCCUUGGCAUGACCAAAUUCGCUGACAUGGAGAAUGAAGAGUACAGACACCUGAUUUCCAAGGGUUGCCUCGGUUUCUUCAACACUUCUCUGCCUCAAACUGGUCCUGCUUUUUUCCGACUGCCUGGAGAAUCCGAUCUGCCCAACAAUGUUGACUGGAGGGAUAAGGGAUAUGUGACUGAAGUCAAGGACCAGAUGGAUUGUGGCUCCUGCUGGGCCUUCAGUGCAACUGGCUCGCUGGAGGGUCAGCACUUCAGGAAGACAGGGAAGCUAGUGUCUCUGAGCGAGCAGCAGCUGGUGGACUGCUCCCGUGACUAUCGGAAUUCUGGUUGCAAUGGGGGCUUGACGAAACACGCCUUCAAUUACAUUGAAGCCAACGGAGGGAUAGAAACAGAAAACUCCUACCCUUAUCAGGCUAUUGAUGGUGAAUGCCGUCACAACCCUGCCCUUAGCGCUGCCACAUGCACAGGCUACGUCCGCGUGAACCAAGGAGACGAAGUUGCAUUGAAAGACGCUGUGGCCACCGUGGGACCUGUGUCUGUGUCCAUUGAUAUUUCUCAUGCAUCCUUCAAGCUGUAUCACUCAGGACUGUACGAUGAGCCAAAAUGCAGCAGCUCAAAGUUGCACCAUGCUGUACUGGCUGUGGGUUACGGCAGUGACAAUGGACAUGACUACUGGCUGGUGAAGAACAGCUGGGGCCUCGGGUGGGGAGACCAGGGUUACAUCAAGAUGAGCAGGAACAAACACAACCAGUGUGGCAUCGCUACUCGAGCCACCUACCCCCUGGUCUGAGCAGGUCCAGGACUUUCCUAAGUGAGGUGGAGGAACGUGAUGCAUACUUUGCCUUUAUUUCACAGAGAAACAUUAUGGGGUUACAGAACAAUUCUUGAAAAAUGCAGAGAUUUUGGCCACUUUAUGAUGUCAUAAUGUUUUUUUGGCUUGUGUAACCAUUAGCCAAUAACCAACCAAGGUAACA